AUGGAUUCCGAUGGAACAGUGUACCUGGGUCAGUUCUCCUCCAUGGUCAUCGGCGCUGUCCACGUGACCGACCUCGACGACUACGACCUCGAGGACAAGAGCUUCGAGGUUGACCCCAUGACCUCGUCCGACGUCGCCACCCACUUCCAGGUCGACCACGAGACCGGAAAUAUCACGAUGCUGAAGGGGACGCCGUCGGGGAUCCACGUCCUCCGGGUGAAGGUGCAUGACAACUUCCGAGGAGAAAGAGCAGUUGGCGAAGUUGUGAUUAACGUUGUGGAUCUGACGCUGGAUGCUGUCAUGCAGUCUGGCUCUCUCAGGAUCGCGAACAUGACGGCUAAUCAGAUGCUGCAGCACAAGACCGCCACGGGAGCGAGCCUCUACGAGCGCCUCAAGGAGGAGAUCGCCGGCCUCCACCACAUCCAGGAGGACCAAGUGGACAUCUUCACCCUGAGGGACGUGCCGAGGGCGUGGACGUGCGCUAAACUGCCACAGCUCCCCCUACUACACGGCCGCGAGACUAGAUGCUAUCAUGUUGCAGCGGAGACACAAGGUGCGUUCGGGGUCGGCGUGGCUUCUGGAUCGCGUUGGCAACAGCGCGUCCUUCCUCCCGACCACUAUUUCGCCUUGGACGAAAUUAUGGUGGAGAAAUCCCUCGGCGUCGACAUCCCGAUGAUCGACAUCAACCUGUGUCUGUACGAGGGCCUGUCCCCGUGCGGCGACCGGAGCUGCCAGCACACGAUGCGCCCGAACCUCACGGCGCCCCUCGUCGUCGCCAGCGAGACCUCCACCAUGGUCGGGGUGGACAUAACGGACGACUAUACCUGCGACUGCGGUGCUCUGGAGCCUCUUCCUUCGGUCUGCUUUGAGGGCUUCUGUUACAACGGAGGAACCUGUUACGUGGUCAACAGGACCCUCACGUGCACCUGUUUGGACGACACCAACUACGGCCCUCGCUGCGAGCUGAUGACGGCGAGGUUCGAGCGCGGCUUCGCCUGGUACGAGCCGCCGAACGUGUGCGAGAAUUCGACUUUCUCCAUGGUGUUCGAGACCAACGACGCCAGCGGGGUCCUCUUCUACACGGGACCCAUGGUGACGAGUCCCUGGGCAGACUACCCGAGAGAUUUCCUCUACGUGAUCCUCAAUAACUGGGUGUUGGAAGUGUACCUCGACCUCGGGUCCGGAACACUGAACAUGUCGAUUCCCAUUGAGGAGAACACCGCCAGAUCCUUCGAGUUCGUCCUCUCCUGGGACAAGAUCGAGAUCACGCUCGAGGUCCUGGACUGCGGCAUCAACGGGACCCUCGAGGUCUCGGACCCUUGCCGCAAGUCCCUCUUCCUGCCCGGCCCCUACCGCAGCACGAGGCACUUGCUGAACGUGCAGGGCCCGAUGCAGGUCGGAGGCACGUCCGCCCCGCUGAACUUCGAGAAGCUGUCUGCCUCCUACGGGUGGACACUCACGCCGCCCUACGUCUACACCUUCUCCGGCUGCGUGCUGGAGCUGCGCCACAACGACCGCCUCUACGACCUCAACGCCACGGACUACAGCAAGAAGACCUUCCAGCCAUGCGACGCCCCGAGGACUUCGAGGGUCGUGCUCGGCCAGCAGUCGGUCAUCAUCAUCCUGGCGAGCUUGCUGUGCCUUCUGCGUGAGUCGCCCUUUCCGUUCUGGUUUUGGCUGUCUUGA